AUGGCGCAUUCGAUGCUUGGAUUGCUCAAGAGCUUCGAUCUCUACAGGCGGGUGCCGAAGGACCUGACGAAGGGCUCCGUUCCCGGCGCCAUCGUCUCGCUCGUGUGCCUCACCAUCAUGGCCAUGCUCAUCAGCUGGGAAGUAUAUUGCUACGCGUCUAUCAAGACGGAGACACAGAUGCUGGUCGAUACGCCCAGGAACCUGGAGAAGAUACGGAUCAACAUCAACGUCACAGUCCCACGCAUUCCCUGCUACGUCAUUGCACUCGACACGGAAGACGUAUUGGGAGGAGGCGUGGAAGACUUCCAGGAAAAGUCGAUCGUGAAGCUCCACAUGGAGAGCCCGGAUUCGGAGCUGUCCGGCUGCAGCAUCGCGGGCUACAUCAACGUGCCCAAGGUGCCCGGCAACUUCCACCUGUCCACCCACGGCCGCAACGUCCAGGCGCAGGACAUCGACAUGCAGCACAACAUCAACUCCUUCUUCUUCACCGACUCGCCCCGAGUUUUCUAUCCGUCGGGCGUGUCGGUUCCGGCGUGGCGCAACUGGCACUCCAACGUGGUGGCCGAGCUGAACGCGCAGGCCAGGGACCAGGACACGGACGACGACGUGGUGGGCCUCUUCCGUCCGCUCGACGGCAUCACCAAGGCCAACAGCCAGCGGAAGAACGGUGUGGGCGUGUCCUACGAGUACUACAUCCAGAUCGUCCCCACCAUCCUUGAGUUCCCUGACGGCAGGACGAAGCACACGUACCAGUUCACGUACAACUUCAACGACGUGGCGACGCCCGAGGGCAAGACCCCGUCGGUCUACUUCAAGUACGACAUCUCGCCCAUCACGGUCAAGAUCACGCGCGGCCGCGGCUCGCUGGGCCACUUCCUCCUGCAGCUGUGCGCCAUCGUCGGCGGCAUCUUCACCGUAUCGGGCCUCAUCGCCAGCGUCACAGCCCGAGUGGCCAAGCAUAUCUCCUCUGGCCCCAAGCUCGAGUGA